AGUAAUAGUACUUUCCAUCACAUUCCAUCAGAGUGUAUGAUCGUCCACCGCCAUUCCGCUGAUUUGUCAUCUCAGCUUCAAGUUUAGGAAUCAACCCCUCUCUCUCCACUCCGCCUUGAUCCGAUCUAUAUUCUCCUAGAGAUAUAUUUAAGCCCAGUGCUUCAUCUUGUCUCGAAGCAAAUCCAAACCCAAACCCAGACUCAAUUCUAUCUCAAUACCUCAAACCCAAAUACUACCAACUUUACAACCGCCAAUAUGUCCUUCGGAACCAUCUACACCUACCCCAACAACCCCCGGGUCAUGAAGACCCAAGCAGCCGCCAACUUCAACAACCUCACCCUCACCCUGGCCGAUUUCAAGAUGGGCGAGACAAACCGCGACCCCACCUUCCUCAGCAAAUUCCCCAUGGGCAAGGUUCCCGCCUUCGAAGGCGCGGACGGUACCCUCCUGGCCGAAUCCGACGCCAUCACGCAGUUCGUGGCCGAGAGCGGACCCGCAGCGGGCCAAUUGCUCGGCAGCACGCCCGCCGAACGGGCGCUGAUCCGUCAGUGGAUCUGCUUCGCGGACGGAGAGGUGCAGAGCGCGGUGAUUUCAUUGGUGCUGUGGCGGCUCGGGUACAAGCCGUAUGAUGAGGCGACGGAGAAGAGUGGGUUGGAGAAGUUGACCCGGGCGUUGGGAGCUCUGGAGAAUCGGUUGAAGGAGAGGACUUGGGUGGCUACGGAGAAGUUGAGCUUGGCGGAUAUUAGUCUGGCCGCGGCGUUGUAUUGGGGUUUCUCGACGAGUAUUGAUGCCGAGAUGAGGAAGGAGUAUCCCGGUGUGGUGGCUUGGUAUGAGCGGGUUCUUGAGAGUGAGCAUGUCAAGGAGGCGUUUGGACCUAAGGUCUUUGUGGAGAAGAGGAAGGAGCCUGAGAACUAAGUCAGAGAGAUAGAUGGAUUGGGGCAGGUCCGCGACCAUGAUUUAUGACUUGACUUAAUAGGAAAAGCAAUGCAAAUUGACUGUGAUCAAC